CCUGACCAUUGCCUUGAGUACCUCGCAUGGGCUGCCUCCAGUCCAAGGUCGAGACGGCGCCGACGACGCCGGUUCGCGAGACGUACGAAGACGUCGAGUUGACUGCAUCGCAGAAGCGGCACAGCAUCGUCAAGCCCGUCGAGUCGUGGAUCAUGAAUCAGUCCGAGUACGUCGCCAAGUCCAACAUUGACAAGCGCAUCAUCGAGAUCCUUCAAGGCCGCAAGAAGACCAUGGUCGACAACAACACGUUCAACAAGUGCACCAACUUUGAGCGCGUCGCCCUGCAGUUUGGCAACGUCGAGAUCGCGUUCAUGUCGAUCCGCGAAAUGUACGAGCGCCACUGCGACGCCAAGGCCAUGACGCUCGACAACUUUUGCAGCGCGCUCACGUCGUUUGGCGUCACAACUGACGAGAACGCGGUGAAGGACAUCUUCAACGAGUCCGACAUCAUCCGCGACAAUGCGCUCAACUUUAACGAGUUCGCCGUCUCGCUCGCGAUCUGCUACCUUCUCGACAUCAUCCCCAACCUCUUCCACGCGCGCGGUGGCGGCGACGAAGACGAUGCACCCGGCGCCGACUACAAGGAGAUCGAGCGCGACGACGCACUCAAGAUUUCCAAGGCGUUCGAGACGGUCGUGAACGCGUAUCUGAUGUUUGACCAGGACGCUAGUGGCAUCAUCAAGUGGGGCGAAAUGAAAGAGAUUCUCAACAAGCCCGAGAGCUCGAAACUCAAGUCCAACGCAGCCCACGCAAAGUUCUUCAACGUCGAGCGAUGGAAGGAGCUCGACUGGAACAAGGACGGGAGCAUCAACUUUCAAGAGUUCUUUCUCGCGUUUCAAAAGUGGGUCGGGAUCGACGAAGACGAGGGAUAGACCGCUGCGUAUUUAUAAAAAAACUCGUGGAACUGGUACAGUAGGUAAUCUAUGGUUUGGGGUCAUUUUCGAAUCUCACUGCAGAUUGCCA